CACAAUAUCAUACACGUAUGUUACGUGCAGGUAUUAUAACAUAGUGUCACGAAGAUCCAGACCGGACCGGACGUAUAGUUGCGGUUAAUGCGUGAGUGAUUUGAAGAUUUUAUAAGUUAAGAUGACGUUUGAUCACGAAAAUGAUACAAAAGUGAGAUUAAGAAGGGCAAAGAGUGCAACAAGAGCUGAGGAAAUUCAAAAAGCAGAGCAGAUGGUUCGCAGGUCACAACCUGAUAAACCAUGCCAUCGACCAAGAGACAGUCUCUUUUCCUGGAGUUCCGGGUUUGACAACUUCACAGGAUUUGUCAACUGGGGCUUCUUACUUUUAGGCAUUGGCGGUAUACGUCUACUUUUGGAAAAUUUUAUAAAAUAUGGAAUAAGAGUGGAUCCAGUACAAUGGUUUACGUUUUUAAGUGGAAAAAACGACGGAGGAAAAGAACAUCCUUCUCUUUUAUUAAUUCUGUAUUCUUCAGUACCAACAUCGCUUUGCCUGCUGAUUGAAAAGGGAUUGGCUAUGGAUAUUGUACCACAUGGUCCAGGAAUGGUUUUUCAUGUCGUGAACCUUGUUGUAAUGGUGCUAAUGCCAAUGGUUGUUAUUCAUGUGAAAGAUUCUGGUUUCAGUUUGAUUGGAGCGAUGUAUGUAUGUAUGUUAUAUGCCAUGCUUUUCCUAAAAUUAUGGUCUUACAUUCAAGUUAAUAUGUGGUGUCGCCUCAGUGUUAAGGGAAAAAACACAAAUCAUGGCAAAAUAAGAAGACAAUCAUUUUCUUAUAAUAAUUUAAAGUCUUCGGGAGUAAAACAAAACGGUUACGAAUCAGAUGACUCAAAAAAUGAAUCGAAGAAUUGUACAUCACUAACACAGUAUCCAGAUAACUUGAAUCUUCGUGAUUUAUAUUAUUACAUUCUCGCUCCAACCCUCUGUUACGAAUUAAAUUUUCCAAGAACCGAAAGAAUCCGUAAAAGAUUUUUAAUCAAACGCAUACUUGAAGUUCUUGUCGGUUGUCAAGUUGUCAUGUCACUCUUUCAACAAUGGAUGGUUCCAUCUGUUAAAAACUCAUUGAUUCCUUUCAGUAACAUGGACGUCGCUAAGGCUUCCGAACGUCUACUUAAAUUAGCUAUACCAAAUCACUUAAUGUGGCUGUGCUUUUUCUACCUGUCAUUUCAUUCUUAUCUGAAUUUAAUGGGUGAACUGCUACACUUUGCAGAUAGAAAUUUUUAUUGCGAUUGGUGGAACGCAAAUAAUAUCGAUACUUUCUGGAGAAGUUGGAAUAUGCCAGUACAUCGAUGGGCUGUAAGACAUCUUUAUAUUCCAGUAGUGGAAAUGGGUUACGGUAAAACUACCGCAAGUGUCACUGUUUUCUUCAUCAGCGCUUUCUUUCACGAAUAUCUUGUCAGUGUGCCUCUGAAGACAUUCAAAAUCUGGGCAUUUAUGGGCAUGAUGGGCCAGAUACCGCUGUCUGUCAUGAGUAAAAUGGUAGAAAAACACUGUGGAGCGAGAUGGGGUAACAUUGUCGUUUGGGCGAGUCUCAUUAUUGGUCAGCCUUUAUGCAUCAUGAUGUACUAUCACGAUUAUGUCGUUACGCACUUUGGUGAAACUCUCUUGGAAGAUUAUUCGGUCGUAUGAAAAAAAUUUUGAGAUUAUAUAUUGAUCGCUAGUCACUUUUAUUUUUUCAUAAUUCAUUCCAAUUUUAUCAUUUAAUCUUUCUUUUCUCCAUUUUAUUCUAAUAAUAUAAAGGCUGUAAAAGUUACUUACACUGUUACUUUUAUUUUUAAGUAAAAUACCGUAAAUAUUGAAGAAGUGCCUCUGAAUUAAUUAUAUGUAAUUAAUUCAUUAAAUGUAAAUCAAUUAAAAUUUCAAACGAGAGCAUAAACACUAAUGUCAAAUAAUGUCAAUCAUUAACUUCGCUCAAAGAAAAAAUAAUACUUGGUAAAAAAUGGGUGAUGAAUUUAAUGUGUAUAGAUACGUAUGCAAUAAGAGAAUUCUUAGGAAUAAUAAUAUAUUACAAUUUUUCGAAAAUUAGUCUAAGAAUUUAUAACACUCGAAAUAUUUUCUAUAUUUUAUUUUUGAUGUGCUAUUUUUUACGAACAAGAAUUGUAAGUUACCAUUAUAUCCAAAUAAAACGCAUUUUUGUUAAGAACAAA